AUGAAAGAGUGCCUGCAUUACCCUAUAAAAUGUCAGCAUUGUGGACUUGCAGAUCUUUCUCGGGAAAAGUUAAAACAACAUCAAGACCGAACUAGUGGAGACUGUCCAAUGAAAAUGAUACCAUGCCCGUUCAACGCCAUUGGAUGUAAAAUAGGGAUGCCAGCUAAAUAUAAGAAUGCACAUUUAAAAUCUGAAAUCCCUGAACAUCAGGAUUUGUUGCUGAAGGCGUAUGUAAAAGAAAAUGCAUCGGUUGUAGAAGUUAAAAAAGUGGUGCAGCAACUGUUAUUAAUGUGUGAAGCCCAGGACAGACGAAUUCAGUUGCUGGAGAUGACUUCCUACGAUGGUGUAUUGGUAUGGAAAAUUUCCGACUUCAAUCGCAAGAGAAACGCCGCCAUAUCUGGACGUACUACAUCUAUCUAUUCGCCUUGCUUCUUUACUAGUCGCCAAGGUUACAAGAUGUGUGCUCGAAUAUAUCUGAAUGGAGAUGGAAUGGGCAAAGGAAACCAUGUGUCCCUUUCCUUUGUCAUCAUGCGGGGAGAAUAUGAUCAGUUGCUAAGAUGGCCAUUCAGGCAAAAGGUGACUUUAAUGCUGCUUGACCAGAAUCACAGAGAGCAUGUUAUUGAUGCAUUCCGCCCUGAUCCGACUUCAAACAGCUUCAAGAAACCUACUGGUGACAUGAACAUCGCUAGUGGAUGUCCUCUGUUUAUGCCGCUUAGUCAGCUGAAUAGUAGUCGCCAUUCCUAUGUCAAAGAUGAUUGUAUGUUCAUAAAGAUUAUCGUGGAUACCGUAGAUAUAAAUUGA